GCCUAAACAUGGUAUCCAAGACAAAGGAAGAAAAUGAGGAAUUAAAGAAAAAAAUUAGAGAAUAUGAGCGUCAGCUUCGGGAGAGUUCCAAUUCCAGUGGAAAAUACUCACAAGAUACAGGAAGGAUUUUCCAGUUGCGGAAGCACUACGAAGAGCAGCUGACAUCGCUGAUUAACAACACAGAAAAUUUACAGAAAAACCACACGCAGCUACAAAAUAUCUUAAAAGAAAGCCUAAAAAUUGCCUCCCAACAAGGAGAAGAAAAUCAAGCAUUAAAGCAAAAAACGAGAGAAUGUGAGAGUCGGCUUCAGGAGAGUUCCAAUUCCAUUCUAAAAUACUUCGAAGACGAGGAAAGGUAAGCAUGUAAAGUGUACCAUUAUUUUUAUGUGUACGAUCCUUAUUUUAAAGUGCAGUUAUUCUUGCCGCUUUAUGACGAGCUCUCAAAAGCGCACCACUUAGCAAACUCAUGAAAUAUUGUGGUAAUUCCAGCCUUUUAUGCGGAAAUGCAGUCUUUUUUGUAUAUCAGUAUUUUAAGGGAGGGAGAUAAUAAAGGAAUGUAACGGACAAAAUGGAAUGUCCUGUGCGUGGCAUAAUUCUGUCACGGACAUUUUAAUGAAAAUCUUCCUCAAAGCUGGCAUACAACGCUCAAAGGAAAAGCAAUACUGUCCUCAUUUGAAAUGAAAUUGAGCAGGAUAAACUACUCCUGAAAACUAGCGCCAAGCUUUUGCCUG